AUGGACCAGGACUCGUUUCGACAACUUUUGCAGAGUUCAUCGUCCAGGGCUACGCCAUCAUCAAGACCUGGAGUAAAACAGGCUAAGACCAUCAGUGCUUCCGAACCUGCAUUCAAGCCGCGGAAAAUAAAGAAGGAGGCAAAGUACCGGGACCGAGCAGCUGAGCGGAGAGUCGGCGGAGGGAACGACUAUGCACAGGUUGAAGCUGUCCUAGAGGACUUCAAUAAGCGUACUGCUGACCAGGGUAAAGAUGUUGUCGAUGCGCAACGCGGCUACCUCGGCGGAGAUAGCGAACACACCAUUCUCGUCAAGGGGCUUGACGUGGCAUUGCUCGAACAAAAUAAGAUGAAAGCAGCCGCAUCUUCGGUAGAUGACGAUACGCUUGAGAAGGCGUUCUUAGGAGAGGUCCCAGAGUCUACAGUGCCCAAGAAGCGCACUCGGGAGGACAUCGUUCGCGAGUUGAAGGCUAAACGAUCAAAAACGGAAGAUUCGCAGCAGCCUCCAGCCAAAACGGAUGCGCCCUUACCAAGUAACAAGUUCAAACCCAUCGGAUUCAAACCGAUAGGCCAGAGCGAUGCUGAAGUCAAGAAGAAGAAAAAGGUGAAGAACGGGGACAGGGUGAAAAAGAAGAAGCAAAAUGUCGAGCUGACGGCAAAAACAGAAGGUACAUCACAACCUGCACCUUCAGAGCCUCCCAAGGACUCCCCCAAACCACUUCCUGCACUCAAGCCUUCGGAACCGGAGCCUGAGCUCCCAGAAGAUUUUGAUAUCUUCGAGGGCGCUGGCGAAUAUGAGGGUUUGGAUGUCGGCGAUGACGAUUCUGACAACGAUACUUCCCCCCUCAAAGAGGACAAUUUACCUCUGGACGACAAACUACUAAACAAGCCCGGCGGUUGGUUUAAUGAUGAUCUACCACCUCCGGUUACUUCUCAAUCCAAGUCACCUCUGGAUGCGGUUCCGGCACCUGUCCCAGUCCCAGUCCCCUCCGUUCCUGACGAAGAUGAGGAGGAGGAAGCCGACAACGAUCGCCCUAUACGAUUGGUACCUCUUGAGAGUUCUGCUCUUCCAUCCAUCAAGGACUUUUUGUUGAUGGACCAGACUGCUGGAUCCGCGGAGAAGAGACGAAAACGUAAGGAAAAGACCAAAGGUGCAAAAGACGCAGGCGGUGAACCGAAGAAGUUAAAUGCAGAGGCAAAGGCUGACCGGGAUUACAAAAAGUCGGAUCGUUGUUUCUUGUGCCCAUUACUAACCUAUCUGACGCGUAUCAUUGCAGGUUAA